AUGGCAGCGACGGUGGGCGCCAUCGAUGGUGUGGUGGAAGAUGAGAGUAAGAAGAAGGGUAUUAUAAGAUUAAGGGGAAAACCUGCUGCUAUGAACACUACAAAGCAGUUAUGGGCUGGGGUUGUUGCUGCCAUGGUUUCAAGACUAAAGCUUGAAUACAUGCUUCGUGGUGAACAGAAGAAUCUUUUCGAGCUAAUUAAAUCAAUCGCUUCUUCUCAAGGAUUGGUUCCUUCAACUUCUCUCGCGACCUCCGAUCCAGAAACCGUGUUCGACAUCAAAUACUUCUCUCGCGAUCAGCGCUGUAACCGCCCGCCCAUCCGCCGCACCAUGCUGAACAAAGAUGACAUCGUUAAAGCGAUGAAGGAGAAGUCGUUUGAUGUUGCUGAUUUCACUAUGGUUUAUUUGACAACUACAGUUGAAGAAGACUACAAUGCCUGUGGCGGAGGUUAUUGCAAGUAA